AUGACCAAACGCGGCAAGCGCCGGCUCAGCAGGGGCAGCCAUGCUCCAGGAGAGUGCUGCACCAAGCAUCCCAAAAGCAUUGCUAAUCUCCUCUGCCCCGAUCUCGACGGCUAUAAAUUCGCCCUCCCCUCCCUCUCCUACUUCUGGAUCCUGCCCGAGGAGCUCCGUACCUACAUUUUGAGCCUGGCAUGCGCCGCUUCUUGUUCCAGCUCACUUCAGCGCCUUUGUCUUUACCUGGACUUGCAGACCACGGCAAACCUCUCUGCAGUAUGCAGAGACUUCCAGGCUGUAUUCAAGCCUCUACUGUUCGGCAACAUCCGCCUCGAUCGACCCAGUAGUCUUGAGCGCUUCGUAGUCGCCUUGCAGAGCGCUCCGCAAAAUGGUGAGCUUGUCCACUCCUUGCACAUGGGCCCUGUACAAAAUCUUCCGUGCCAGUGGUGGCCAGUCGACGAUUUCUGUUUCGCAGACGUCUUCACGCUCGACGAAAAGGAGCCGCUCCUGAAAACCUCAUUGACGCAGAAGGACGAAGCCGCACGUUUACCUCGAUGGUGUAAGCCGGAGAGAGAAUGGGAUUGGCAUCUAGAGGCCCCCGACUGCGAGCAGAGGGCCGUACACGACGCUGUAGCUGCGGCGACGGAGCAGAUCGACGUUUAUCUCUACGACUGGUCUCUUGACAACGGUUGUGAGGUCUCGAUGAAUAUCGUACAGGCGGCUCUGGAUCUGUAUCUCAUGGAGAUGAAACACAUCGAAGAUGCGCGUGGCUAUGCAGUAGAAUCUUGGAAAGUCGAAACUCCUCAGACUGGAAAUAUUCCCGCGCAAUGCCUGAAGGGCAAGUGUGGUCACUACCCACGAUUGCUGAUCGCAGGCAGCAGAAGGGACCGCCAGACGAAGAAGGAGCAAGCGGCAUCAGGUCUGAAUACCGCUCUCGACAGCAGGAAGGGAGACAUGGGCGUCCGCAUCAAAAGCAGCCAAUUCAGCAACAAGAAGACGCGAAAGGAAUUCUUCACCAUCACACCUUCGCAACUCAACAGCCACCUUGCUAGACCUGGCGCGGCCAGUGACAAUUUUCACAACCCCCUCAUCAUUGCGCGCUCAGAGCUCCAUCUACUUACGGUCGACGCCCCAAGCCGAGUCGUUGUCGACUGGACGUGCCACGAGGAGUGCUAUAGCGACAUAGAGGACGACGACGACUGCGAUUGCGCCCAAUGUGGGGGCGAAGAGAAGCUCUACAACAAGUGGCCACAUGGACGCUUCGAUACCAAGAAGUGCAUCACGCUGUCGGCGGCUUCGACAGCGAGCUUUUGUGAGCACGGGCUCGACAAGACCACCAUCAACGGCAUAUUGAAACUCGCGCAGUCGGUAUUGGACGCAGUACCCAGCCUCGCCAAUUUGUCCCUAACAAGCUUCUUGCAUCGCUCAUUGUGGGACCUCCAACAACCACGUUUAUCCUCGCUGCGAUUUUUUAGCCUGGGACCCCUUGCUGAUUCAGACGACGACUGGCUUGACUAUAUCCUUUCGACAACGCACACGGUCCUUCCUCAAGUCGAGUAUUUGCGGCUUUGCGCAGUAGAUGCCGGUGAGACUAUGGCGUGGAGCAUCGCAGGGCAGCUAGGGGGGCUUUUGCCUAGGCUGAGAGAAGCGCAUUGGGAGUUGGACGAGCCUCAUAAUGAUGAUCAGCUGAUCACUUCAGCCUUCUCGCCGACAAGAUCCAUCCAGACACUUCGGAUCAUCAACGCCCUCGCUGGCCGUACGAGACCGCGUAGCGCAGACAAGCGCGAUGUCCUGAGCGAUUCUGUGCGGAACACGACUUCAACGUCGGCUGACCACAAGGACAACAUUGACACUGCCCCCUCGUCACGCUCAAUCGAGCUGCAUCUCGAUGCUGACCACCUUACCGCCAUUCUCGCGAAGCUCCUCGACGAAUCCCCUGAGGCCCAUGCCGCUUUCUCCACAGGGACCCUUUUGGGGGACUCACUGCACAGGAUAAAGCUGCUCAGGAGCAAGGUAGCUGGCCCACACUGGUGGGAUCACGGUGACUGGCUUGUGGAGGACGGGUCACAAACCCAUUACAAGCAAAGCGUACAAUGGUGGGAAGAUAGAGCCAUGGAGGUGGCGCUUGAGGAGAGCCGAAAGACGGAGGAGGGGGGAAAGAAGGAGACGCUUGGGGAGGGAAAGAUUGAAGGAAACAAUCGCACAGCGGCAGGUGACGAACAGACGCAACCUAGCUUUGCCGACGGUGGUUCCAUGCAGCAGAGCGAGCUCAAUGAAAUCUAUCUCCGUGCCGCAUUGUUUCUUCGUGCGCUGAGCGAGCGUCGCGCCUUCUUUCCCUCCUCCUUCCUCUCCAAUUUCCCUUUCACGCUUCAUCAGCCUGACCCAGGCCCAUCUCGUGCCCCCAGCAUGAUGACCCGCUCCAAGCAUCGGCUCAGCUGUUCCAGCUUCAACGCGAACGACGACAGCGAAGAGUCUCAUCGGCUUGAUCGCGUGGUCGAGAUUGCAAGGAGCGACAGUGCCGUUGACAAUUUACCUCAGGCUCAUCUGCACCACUUCUGGCUCCUGCCUCAGGAGCUGCGCCAUCUCAUCCUCAGCCUCGCUGCCGGGAUCAGCGCGUACAACCACGAUACAACCGUCCUCUUCUCACUAUCCCUCGUCUCUCGCGACUUUCACAAGCAAUUCGAUGACCUCUUGUACAAGCAGAUCAGAAUCAGCCGGCCAAACGUACUGCCAGCUCUGUACAACUGCCUAUUCCUGCAGCCCACCAAUGGCAAGCUGAUCAAGAGCUUACAUCUGGGACCGAUCGAGCCACUCAGCGAUACAUGGUGGCCGCUGGACGGAAAAGCGCAUCCUGCAUGUCUCCGACCUCUUCUCUGGAUCAAGACUUCCUUGGAUGGGACCAAUAGGAGAUUGCCGCUUCCGAAAUGGUACAAGGGCCGUUGCGGACGCGCUCUUCGCUGCAACGGGGUACCGGUAAACAGAGGCAAGCGUGGAGGUCCAAUGAGCGAGAGGAAAGAGAGUGGUUUUUACGAGAUGUCGCAAGUACGGAAGCUGAAGAUGGUGAGAGGGUCCCAGGAGGCUGAGCCGCUAGCGGCUCGUCACUUCACAUCCACUCCCGUCUUGCCCGCUCCGCUUCUCGCGAGCGAGAUGGGCGACCGAGCUCGCGCACUUUCUUUCCGUCCUUUAUCUCCGAAUCCAUCAAAGCCCUCAUUCCUUUGUCCGAGCGCCACGACGGUUGAGAGCGCUCAAGAUGUUCACGAGGUCAAAGCAUGGGCUGAGCUCUGCCAACAGCGAAGACAGACAACAACCCAAGCGGGCAAGGGUCGAAACGCAAAGCACAGCACCCUUCUCCCUCCUUUCAUCGAGCACUUCUUCAUCCCCAUCAAUUACCAAGGCGAUUUCCAAGUUUAUGACCACGACGAGUCGUACUACCGCUUCUUCUGCGAAGGAUGCGGCAAGUACCACGUCGCGCCAGCCACAGACUUGGACUACGGCCUGGAGGACGACAUGGCCUGGUCGUCUGGCUUGACAGAGUCUGGGUGUCCCGAUGCAACCACCCUUCCUGGCUUGCUUGCUUUGUGCCGCGGAGUACUGCUGGCGAUGCCCCACAUGACCAACCUCCCACUCACAGGCAGUAUGAUCCGCCCCCUCAAGCGGAAUUCUCCACCCCUCCAGGCCCUGCGCUUCCUCUCAUUGGGCCCUUGGACAGAGGCGCCAGAAGACCAGCCUACGUUCGCUUCCACCCGUUUCUCCAGCCUUCAAAAGCUGCGCGUCUGUGGCGAGGGCUCGGAAGGAUGGCCAUUGCAUAACAUUGUCGCGCAAGAAGGAAGGCUUCUGCCGCAGCUACGGGAAAUGCAGUGGGACUCGGGGCGACGUUUCUUCAUGGACCGCUUCAAAAGCUUCAUCGACGCGCUCAAAGGUAGAGCGCAGCUCAGCUCUAGCGCGUCAUUCUCCUCCCCUUCCGCUCAGCAAAUGCAAACGCAGCAGCAGCAGCAGCAGCAGUCCUCUUCAUCUUCCUGUCUCUUUCACUUUCGCAUCUCCGCCAAGUCUCUCGAGCUGAUUUGUCGUGAAGCGCCCAGCGCCGAGGCUCGCUCCGCGUGGCUCCAGGGGAUUCCAUACAACAACGAGCCUUAUCGAAUUCUACUUGUCGAGAGUAAAGCGGGCGGAACCCGUCUCGGUCGCGCAGAGGGAACAGUUCAAGGCUUUGACAUACUCUACGAAGAGACUCAGCGCUGGUGGAGAGCGUGUGCUGAGGAGGCGUGA